AUGUCGUAUUACCUAUAACCGACGUCUGACGAUAUACCUACUGUAGUACGCGCUCAGUUUAUUUCAACGUCGAAAGGUUCUGAUUAUUACAAUAAUUAUGUCGAUGUAUUCAUUUUGCACGUUCUAUACAAUUGACCACGUAUUAAUAAUGUACACAUUUAUUUCAUGAACGUUUUACAAUAUUAUAAUUAUUCCGAUGAUACUACUAUCCGUUAUCUACGAUUUUCCUUCACGUCAGUUAAAUACAUAAAUAUUAUAUACACUAGUAGUGGUGUAUGUCAUUCAAUCGAAUAUGAGUAUUAUUUUUAUUUUAUUGAUACUUGUAUGGAGUCAGAUAUCAGGUAAUUAUGUUAUUGCAAGGCAUGCGUUGUUUAUAGUUGGAAAUAACGAAAAAAUGUCUACAAUGAAUAACGAAUCGUGUGUAUCUUGUAUCUGUGAACCUAUGGCCGGAAAUUGCAAUGAAGAAUUUUGCACGGAUCCAAAAGGUAUUAAUUUAUGCAAAAACAAAACUUAUCAAGCAAAUACUGAAUUUAGUGCUCCGGCCACAACAAUUAGUCUUCGCAAUAUUGGAUUUAUAUUCAAAAUGUUUAUAUGCAUGUGUGUAAUGUAUAUGUUUAUAAUACACGCAUCUGGAGAUUGCUUCGAAUCAAGAUCUACAAGAAGAAUAAAUUCAAGUUUAAAUCAAAUUCUAUCAGAUGACGGUCUACCGUCUACUAACAGUGAUGACCGAAGUUGUGUAAUGCCUUUGAAUGUCAAUUCGGGAUACGACAGUUACAUUAGUGACCCGCCUCCUUCGUAUGACGAUACGCAAAUCACUAGGACACAUGUCGCAAGUCCACCAGUGCAGAGUUCUGAUUUAAAUUACGUUGAGCUUAACACUUUUAAUUACUACGACAGUGCACGCUUAUUUUUAACGUCCCCGAUAGACGAGCCACCGCCUUCGUACGACGAGUUACCGCCGCCUUACGACGAGUUUUUGGCAAUCCAUCGUUUGAAACCCUCACAGCUUCAUAAUUUACCACCGAAUUGUGGGAAUGAUCAUAAUAUUUUGUAUAUGACUAUACCGGUCGAUACGAUAGAAACCGCAAGAGAUUCGCAAGAGACAUUUGUAUCCGAAACCGAAAUGUUAUGCACUCAAGUCUGAUAUAGGUGACAGGUCAAAUCCACUGCGUGUGUCACUUUUUUUGUUGAUCUAUCAUUACGAACGAACAAUUUUUCAUACCAAUUCAGCCUUACGUUACAGGUUGGAUUAUGACUUUGGAAAUAUUUAGAGCUACUGAUUUAAUUCACAUUUUUAAAUUAUUAUAUUAUUAGAAAAAUUAAUAAUUAAUAAUUUAUUAUUAUUAAAACAUUUUUAAAUUGUUUCUGCUGUACGUAUGUUAUUCCUAGAUGGCUAGAUGGCAAGGUAGUUAUUUUUUUUCAUUAUAUUGCUUUAAAAUAAAUAAUAAUAUUAUGUAUUUCAAUUUCAAUUUUUAAAAAUCAAUAUAAUAUAGUAUUGGUACUUAACAUAUUAUUUUUCAAAUAUGUUUUUCGAGUAUUUUUAAAAAUGAUUUUGAACUAUACGUUUGACACUAAAACUAGUAUUUAAAAAAUAAAAAUUGUUGUUUUAAAUUAUAUUGAACUAAAUGAACAAUAUUAUUAAUAUUACCUAAUAUUUUAUAUGUACUUAAAUAGUUCACAAUAAUUACUUAGACUAAGUUUGGUAAGCAACAACGACGUGUAUAAUAUACGGUCUAUAACCUGUAUGUCAAUAUUGAAAUUACAUAUCUUACAUAAAAUGAACCUCCAAAAAAUAAUUUAUCGAUUAUUACAGAUGUAUAGAACUAAUUAUAAUUAUUAAUUUUUAAGUUAUAACAAUUUUACAAAGUGGUUGUACAGUAUUCUUCCCUAUGUCGGACAAUAUGAGCAACCAGUUAAAACGAACUGAAAUAUAUAUUUAUAUGAAAUA